CUCAGGCUAUCCACUUCCGGGUCAACCGGAAGCCGGGCGAGGAAGAUGGUGGCGCGAAGGAGGACCCGCUCGGCCGCCGCUGCUGAGGUUGCUCCUUCCUCCUCUUCUUCUUCUUCCUCGGAGGAGGAGGAGGCGCCCGAGGAGGUGCCCUUCGAGAGCGCGAGGGAGGCGGCGUCGGAGGCUCGUCGGGCGGCCGCCGAGAGGGAGCGGAGAGACAAGGCUCUCUUAAAAGAAAAGAGAAGACACAGAGAAGAACUAUUCAAGGAACAAAAGAAAAGAAAGCUGCUUCCUGCCAGUGUGUUAGAAGAGUUGGCGUCAUCAGCACAGAAAAGUAAAGAACAGCUGCCUGAUAAAUCACAGGAAGAUCAGAGUGUCGAAAAAGAAUCUGAAAAUGAAAAUGAAUCCGAAAAUGAUAAAGAAGAUUCAAAUGAAGACAGUGGAAAUGAAAUACUGCAAACUAGGCUCCAAGAAUGUUACAUGGCUGUCCGAUUAAAAGAUCAGAGUUUAACAAACAGUCAACAGCAAGCAGCGAAAGACUUCAUACAAAGGCAGCUGUAUGGAGCAGGUUCCAACCGAACUACAGCAAACCAGUAUUUUUCUGUUGAAAACAAGAAAAGUAAAGUUAAAAAAGCUGCAGUCCAGUUUGUGAAUAACUCCUGGGGUGAAAUGGAAAAGCAAAAGGCAAAGAAAUUUACAAAACACUGGAUGUCUUCAAAAAUGAAAACCGACCUAUAGAACUUCACUGUAAAAUGAGCAAAUAGAUUUUAGUUACGUUUAUGUUUUGUGAAACUAUUCCAUUGUUUUCAUUUCUGUAACUUUGUACAAAUGUUAUAUUCAAGUUUCAACCUUAUCCUAUGUCUUCUAAAUCCUUACAUAUUAUCCAGUUCAGUUUUUGACUGACUGACAGAUGGGCCUCUUAAGUGGAUAGUAUUUAUCCAUUCUUAACUGAAAGACUGGAUUUGUUAUCUUUCACAUUUAUCAUUAAACAUUUUAUGCCUUGUC